AUGAGCUGGUGGGAAUCGUGCUUCCUAGUCGAUAUGGCUUCAACUACCAAAGAAUCGACCCAACCCGCGGUGGAUUUCUUACACCACCCCUAUACUCGUGCCGCUCUUCCCUUCGUUAAUGGUGGCUUAGCUGGUAUGACGGCUACCAUCGUCAUUCAGCCAAUCGACAUGAUCAAGGUGCGCUUACAACUCGCCGGCGAGGGUGUGCGCACUGGUCCUCGUCCGUCCGCCUUUGGUAUUGCCCGCGAUAUCGUCGCGUCAGGAAAGGUUCUCGACCUUUACACCGGUCUCUCUGCAGGCCUGCUACGCCAGGCAGUUUAUACAACCGCUCGGCUUGGGUUCUUUGACACGUUCAUGAAGUCGCUGGGCGCAAGAGCCGAAGCCUCAAACCGAAAAGUUACAUUCGCAGAGCGAGCGGGUGCCGGCCUAACGGCUGGUGGAAUUGCGGCGAUGAUCGGUAAUCCGGCAGAUCUUGCACUCGUUAGAAUGCAAUCAGAUGGCCUCAAGCCACCCGAGGCGCGGGCGAACUAUCGUUCUGUCAUCGAUGCCUUGUUCCGCAUCUCCAGAGUCGAGGGUGUUACAGCCCUUUGGGCUGGUGCUUUCCCGACCGUCGUGCGUGCCAUGUCCCUCAACCUCGGCCAACUGGCCUUCUUCGCCGAGUCAAAAGCCCAGUUGAAGACCCGGACGAACCUUUCGGCUCAAAACCAGACCUUUGCCGCCUCAGCGAUCGCGGGAUUCUUCGCUAGUUUCCUCUCGCUCCCCUUCGACUUUGUCAAGACUCGCCUGCAAAAGCAACAAAGGGACCCCACCACAGGAAAAUUACCCUACAAGGGUAUGUUUGACUGUGCUCGAAAAGUGGUUCAAGAAGAAGGCUGGUUGAGGUUUUACCGCGGCUUCGGCACAUACUAUGUGCGGAUCGCCCCUCAUGCUAUGGUCACUCUUAUCGUCGCGGAUUAUCUCAACCUCAUCACGAAAUAA